CAUGUUAUUAAUUCAGGACACCUCAUAAACAACCGGGCAACAGAAUAUAGUGCAAAAUCCAAUUUGGUGAGGGACCUGGGCACGUUGUCCAAAGUAUGUGAAAUAUUGCAUACGUAAAGCGUCAGCAUUUAUUUUUUUAAAUAAUUAAUUGGCUUUUUUUGCUGAUUAUUUUUCUCCACUUCGGUAUUUUUCUAUGUGUUAUCAUGCUGCAUUAUUCUGAGGCUUCAAACAGCCAUUGUAGGUUAAUUUUUAUUUAUUUAUUUUUCAAUCUAUCCAUGAAACAUAGUUGUAUUACGUAUGAAUGAGAUAGAAGCUGUCUGAAAGUGACAUUUCCUUAUUAGGAAACGCAGAUUGCGUAACGCUGUCUGACGUCAGAGCAGUCACAAGACUUCGCUCGCGGAGGGAGCGAGGUCACAGGACGGCUGGUCCUCACUCUGUUAUGUGGCGUCGACAGAGGCACAACACUGACACCAUGGCCGCGGAGAACCAACACUUGCGGGUCUUUUGGAGCAGAAGAGGCGUCUGUUUUCUGUAAAAAAAAAACCGCAAAGACUCCCCCCGGGUGUGCGCGCUUGGAUCCCCGCAGUUAUCGCCACAUCUCCAGCCUCGUUAGCAAGUCUACACUGUGCGCUCACACCGCCGGUAAGCUAGCAAAGGGGAGGGGGGAGCUAGCUUGGCCGUGUUUUCUUCAGCUGGGAGCUGCAGCGUGUGUAGGUGAUGUUGUCCGUGCUGUCCUACGGUAGACUGGUUGCCAGAGCUGUCAUCGGCGGACUCUCUCAGACGGACGGCCGCGACUACAGCCUGGUGACGGCGAGCUGCGGCUUCGGCAAGGACUUCUGCAAAGGCAUCCUGAAGAAAGGGAUGUGUUACGGGGACGACGCGUGCUUCAUCGCCCGGCACAGAUCCGCAGAUGUUUUGGGUGUAGCAGAUGGAGUAGGUGGCUGGAGGGACUACGGAGUAGACCCGUCUCAGUUUUCAGGGACGCUGAUGAAGACGUGCGAGAGGCUGGUGAAGGAAGGACGCUUUGUCCCCAGCAACCCAGUGGGAGUCCUCACGACCAGCUACUACGAGCUGCUGCAGAACAAAGUACCGCUGCAGGGCAGCAGCACGGCCUGCAUUGUGGUUCUGGACCGGCAGAGCCACAGGCUGCACACGGCCAACUUGGGCGACUCUGGCUUCCUGGUGGUCCGCGGCGGGGAGGUGGUCCACCGCUCCGACGAGCAGCAGCACUACUUCAACACGCCCUUCCAGCUGUCCAUCGCCCCGCCGGGAGCCGAGGGAGCCGUCCUCAAUGACAGCCCCGACGCAGCAGACAGCUCAUCCUUCGACGUCCAGCUGGGCGACAUCAUCCUCACCGCCACCGACGGGCUCUUCGACAACAUGCCCGACUACAUGAUCCUGCAGGAGCUGAAGAAACUCAAGAACUCAAACUACGAGAGCAUCCAGCAGACGGCCCGGAGCAUCGCAGAGCAGGCCCACGUCCUGGCGUACGACCCCAACUACAUGUCGCCUUUUGCCCAGUUUGCCUGUGACAACGGACUGAAUGUUAGAGGAGGAAAGCCAGAUGACAUCACAGUGCUGCUGUCUAUAGUGGCCGAAUACACCGACUAGAGGUGGUGUGGGGUUGUGACUCUGCAUGUGGUGGACUGCUUUGAUUCCUGCUGGCCAGGAUGAAGGACUGAUGUGGGAUGCUCUACUCUGCCUCAUCCCCCCCCCCCUCCCCCCAAAAAAACCGCCUACAUGCCCACUUCUCUGAUUGUGUGCAUUAGAGAGCGGCUGAAUAAAGGGGACUGGAGGGCUGACGCGUCCUCCUGGCCGGGCUGCAGUGUUGGCAUCUUUGCAGCGUUCCAGUGCUCACCGGAUAAUCCCAUUGACGGGGAUGAGCAGUCAUUGGUGGAGAUGAGGAUCCUGUCGGACAAGGAUAAGUCAUCUUUCUCUGAUGGGGGGGGGGGGGGGGGGGUUGAGACGGGAGGUGUUAAGACUGUUAAAGCAGCCCCAUGCUGAGCACCUGGAAGAGGAAGAUCCAGUCCAUGAGGAGUGAGUGCCGAGAUGGCAGCAUUAGGGCUCAAUAAAUGGACUGCUUUGUGCAAGAAGAGGUUUCUAAUGUUGGUAGAAGGAAAACCUCCGUCAAAGGGCCUGGAACCUUGUGUGUAUAUGUGUGUGGGGAGCAUUGUGUUUGGUAGUAGGGAAUGACCGGUGUUCUGGGAUGUUUGGAUAAAUAUUUGCAAAAAAAAAGCGUUUAUGUGACAUUUAUAUACGUCUGUGGUUAGUUUCUUGGCAGGUUGAUCCAAUAAUGUUUCAUGAAGAAGAGCAGCGGCCAUCUUUUCUAAACCAAUUCAAGUCUUUGUUACUUCGUGGCUGUUAAAAGGAUUUCAUAGUUGAGAUCUAUUGUGUCAAACUGAUACCCUCCCUUUAAUCUCACAGCUGCUGCUGAAGUCUUGAUCACAUGUGAUGUGAAUGUGUGAGAUGAAUGCUCGUCAGUGAGUCUACUGACGUGACGUAAUUACUAGCGUCUGGGCUGAUCGGUGUCGCGGCCUUAAACGCACAAAUCUUAAUAAGCAUAUCUGAGAACGAUCAACACAAGUGGAGGUUGUUCAGGUGACCAAAUGUAUUUUUGUAACUUCUUUGUUCGGUGGGAUUGUUGAAUUCUUUUGGACUGAUCGCCGCAUCAGAGUAGCUCGAGAGACUGUUGUUCACAAUCAGAGAUUCCUUUUCUUCUUCUCUCUCCCUCCUGCUGUAGAGCUCCGAUGGCACGUUCAGAAGUCGGGUCACUGCAGGUUUCAUGUUUCCAUUACAUCACAACAAAUUUGCACUCUGCAUUUACUACCAACUUUGUGUAACGUUCUAAUGAUGUGCCUUGUAUCUGGUGUCGUUGAUACUGGAUAAAGGUCCGUAACUCCUUAAUGUGCCAGGUGUUGAGCGUUGCGUAGCCAUAAGAGUCCAAGCGGCUUCCCCAGCACGCCCUGCUGUCUUAACACUUAGACGGUUCCUUUUAUCUCCUGAAUGUGCUCCUCUGCACUCAGUCAGGACUUUAGGGAUAGUGAUGAAGCCAUUGCACGCUUAGAAAACCCUCCCUGUGGAUCUUCAGAUCCCCGUUUACAAUCUGCACUAACUGACUGUUUCUUUACUUAAUCUGACAAGUUCCCGCUGGAGGAUUGACUGCAGUGUCAGGUGACAUUGGUGAGUGGUCAAAAUGUUAGUUUUCUAGCACUGAGGACAAUCUAAGCAGCCUUAACAUUACAAAGCAAUUCUCCCAAUCAGCUGGUACUUCCUGACCCCCCCCCCCCCCUCCCCUCAUCUUCCUCCUACAAACCCUUUCUUACAACCAGAGCGUGUGUCUGUAUAUAUUUUGGGUGUACAGUUCAAUGAAGAUCUAAGCUCUGUGGAAAAACCUGUACAAUAUUUAAAUAAAGAGUAUAGUAUUUAUUAUUA